AGGACGAGCGCAACCGUGCUGCUGUCAAGUUGCAGGCCGCCUGGCGCGGCAAAGCUGCGAGGGAAGAGGUGGCGUACAAGCAGAGGCUGCGGAAAGGUGCGCAGCGGAUGUCGGCCAUUGAGGGUAUGGACGACCUGCUUGCGGGGCUGCUGGACGAUGACGCUGAGGAAGAGGCUUGGGAGGAGGCAGAGGAAGAGGCGCAGGAGGAAGCAGAGGAAGAGGUAGAGGAAGAGCAAGACGAUGCUGAAGCAGUGUCAGAGCAAGUGCCGCCUUUGGCCGAGGGUCGCUCCAACGAGGCCCAGCAACCAGACACGGCCGCUGUCAAGCUUGCUCCCACCGAGGCUGCGCCCGCUGAGGCUGCGCCUGCGCCCGCUGAGGCUGUGCCUGUUGAGGCUGCGCAUGUUGAGGCUGCGCCUGCUGAGGCUGCGCCUGCUGAGGCUUGGCCAGAGGAAGAGGCUUGGCCAGAAGAAGAGGCUUGGCCGGAGGAAGGGGAGCAAGAAGCUGAAGGGAAGAAGAAGCGCCGGCGGAGGAAAAAGCCCAAGGAGGAGGAGGCUGCACAGGAGAGAGCGGAAACAGGGGAAGCGAAGCAACUGCUAGAAGGGGACAGCGGCCAGAAUGCGAAGACAGAGGGACCAAAAGCUGAGGCGCCUGCAGAAAAAGAGAAGCCUGCAGAGAAGCGGCCUAGCCAGCAAAGCCAGAAGGCUCAGGAGGUUGAAGGCCAAAAGGCGGAGGCACCUCCAGAGAAGCCUGCAGAGAAGCGGCCUAGCCAGCAAAGCCAGAAGGCUCAGGAGGUUGAAGGCCAAAAGGCGGAGGCACCUGCAGAGAAGCGGCCUAGCCAGCAAAGCCAGAAGGCUCAGGAGGUUGAAGGCCAAAAGGCGGAGGCACCUCCAGAGAAGCCUACAGAGAAGCGGCCUAGCCAGCAAAGCCAAAAGGCUCAGGAGGUUGAAGGCCACAAGGCGGAGGCGCCUACAGAGAAACGGCCAAGCCAACAAAGCCAGAAGAUCGAGAAGGCUCAGGAGGUUGAAGGCCAAAAAGCAGAGGCGCCUGAACAGAAGAGGGCUAGCCAGCAAAGUCAGAAGGCAGAGCAAAAGACAAAGGCCAAGGAGGAUGAGCCUCAGCCAGCACCUCCCUCAACUUCUUCUUCGCCUAGAAAGUCUGCCUCUGGUGCUCGUAGCUCGGUGAAAGACGAGGCAGAGAGCCCAGGAAGUGAGGCGAGUGAGGCGGAGAUUUUUGAGUGCAAGGCGGGGGACGACGUCAAGGAGCUGGGCAUUGUGCCGGGCGCCUUUGCGCCAGACCCUGUGGAGGUGGCGGUGACGCCGGGCUCGUGGGCUGCCAAGAUGGGGGUGGCGGACGGAGACCUGCUGGUCAAGAUCAACGGCCAAAACGUGGAGGCGAUGGACAAAAAGGAGAUGAAGCGGGCCAUGCGCGAGCGGCCGUUGCUGCUCACCUUCCAGCGCUUGGCCUUUGAAACCCCCGAGGAGUCUGAAGAGGAGGUGGCGGCCUUUGAGGUGGUGGCGCCGGCCGAUGUCAUGGACCUGGGCCUCUUCCCGGCCGCCUUCCCGCCGGAGGCCAUGGUCAUCGAGCGGGUCAUCGCUGGCGGCUGGGCCUCCAAGCAGGGCAUCCAAGUGGGAGACGAGCUUACGGAGAUCGGGGACCGCCCGGUGCAGGA